AUGACCGAAAUCGUGGCAAGCCAGACGCCUCCCAUCCUACACGGUCCGUCCGAAAAAGAGCGGAAAUAUGACCGGCAGCUUCGGUUGUGGGCAGCCAGUGGCCAGGCGGCACUGGAGUCGGCCAACAUUCUCGUGCUGAACGCGGGUGGCGGCACCGUGGUCGUCGAGGCGUUGAAGAACCUCAUUCUGCCAGGAAUCGGCCGGUUUACAAUCUACGACGAGGCGGUGGUUGAGGAGGCCGAUCUGGGCGUCAACUUCUUCCUUGACGAGGCCAGCCUAGGCAAGUCGCGGGCCCAGAGCUGCACGGAACUGCUGCAGGAGCUCAACCCGGAAGUCCAGGGUGAAUGGCACCCAAAACCACAGGCAAGCCUCGACCUGGCAAAACUGCUCGAGACGUCCCCGACAUUCACCAUGAUCCUCUACGCCCACCCUGUCCAGCAGGACACCCUUGACCUCCUCGACAAGUAUGGCGAGGAACACAAGACACCCCUCGUGUCGGUCCACUCGGCGGGCUUUUACUCAUACUUCCGCGUCCGGUUGCCCGGCGCCUUUCCCAUUGUCGACACACACCCGGACGAAACGGCAGCCACAGAUCUCCGCCUCUUGGCACCGUGGCCGGAGCUGACCGAGUUUGCUCGUGAGCUGACGGGUCACAUCGACGACCUGGGGGCUCAUGAGCAUGGCCAUCUUCCGUACAUUGCCAUUCUGUUAUAUUACCUGGAGCGCUGGCGCGAGGCCCAUGGUGGCGCGAACCCAUCGACAUACAAAGAGAAGACGGCUUUCCGGCAGACCGUCGCAGAUGCUGCGCGGAAAGACAACCCGGAAGGUGGCGAGGAGAAUUUUGACGAGGCUGUGGCCGCCGUUCUGCGGAACAUUGACCGGCCAUCGGUACCGUCCGGUCUCCGGGAAGUGUUUGAGUACGAGCCAAAAGGAUUUGAGCUGAAGUCUGGUUUCUGGAUUAUCGCCAACGCCGUCAAGCAGUUCUAUGAGAAGCACCAGGCGCUGCCGCUGUCCGGCAAGGUCCCCGAUAUGAAGGCGGCGUCCCAAGUGUACGUGAAGCUGCAGACAAUUUACAAGACCAAGGCCCGCAAAGACGCAGCCGAAGUGCUAGCGACGGUACAGGCCGCUCCCGGCGGCAAGGACAUUGAUCCGGGUGAGGUUGAUCUCUUCUGCAAGAACGCUGCGUUUGUCAAGCUGAUCAAUGCGACCCCUCCCGGCGAGAACCGCCUGGUCAAACUGUUUGAAGACGAAAUGGCCAACGACGAAAACGUCGAGAUCACAAUGGCGCCGUUGUCGUUGGUACCGAUCUACUUGGCCCUGCAGGCGACGGCGCACGCGCCCUCGUCCUCCGCGGAGACCAUCCUCAAGGGCAUUGACGGGCUUGUCCCGGGGGCCAGCCAGUACGAACGAGUGGCCAAGAUUGCCGAGGAGCUGGCCCGGACGGGCGGCAGUGAGCUGCACAACGUGUCGGCUCUGACGGGAGGCAUGGUGGCGCAGGAGAUGAUUAAGAUUAUUACGAAGCAGUACGUGCCAAUCGACAACACGUGCGUCUUUGACGGGAUUACGAGCCGAUGCCAGAUUCUGCACUUAUAA